UGCAACAAUAUCAGCAUGCUCCCCUAGUAAACAAUAGUCAUGGGAUAGCCCGAUCCCUUAAAACAGGGCAUAGUCUCUUGAUUUACUCCGACCUUUUCCAACAUCAUCACACAUGCAUUCAUCACCCGUAACUUCAUCACGACCAUUCGCACCAAGACCUUUCCCUCCUCCAUCCCUCACUGAUGUCCCUCAUGGAUAUAUAGUCGACCAGCUGAGGACUCUCGCGUCUCACUACUGGGAUAGACCACAGACCGCAGACUGUACCAUAAUUGUACCUGUUCCACAUCAUCGACCACAUCUAGCACAUGAUUCCCCAGUCACUUCGUCAGGCUCUUCACCAGAGUCCUCACCAAGGGUUCAGGUAGAUACUGGAAGACGGGCAUCAGAACCUACUAUCCAUGCUGUGCCUCGAAUAAAAUUAAGAUUACAUAUGGACUACCUCUCUUCACACUCGACGUUGCUACGAGGUCUCUUCAGCGGUGCAUCUCCCAAUGAUCUCAUCCACACUGGCACCACUCAACCCCGACAUCCUUCCCUGCAUGUCCCAGAAAGCCGGCUUCCUUCUCUUCUUCCUUCUCUGCCGUCACACCCCACACUCUUUCUCCCCGUGCCUGAUCCAUCAUCCAUACAUCUAAUUUUUCACUGGAUGUACUUCGGGCAGACAGCACUCAUGGAAGACUGUCUAAAUCGGGGUGUCGUCCACUGGGAGGGGAUCGCGCGCAAUGUAGAGUACUUGGGACUUCCCACAGACAUCAAAGUAUUCCUGGGGCGGUGGUACAGGAAUUGGCUUCUUCCGGCACAUAGCCGCCCCGGUUCUGAACCCCGUUCGCCCACAGAUGAUGACGAUUCUGAUAUUGAGCUGGAACUCGAUGAUGAUGAUGACGACGACGACGAGACAGAUGAUGAUGAUGAUUACUCGAUGGUUAGCUCAUACACGGAGGAUGUAGAUGCUAUCGCAGAGUUCGAGCGAGGCCGCACGCGGGCAAUUCGCCCCUUGACGCGCUUAUGCGGCAAGUUACAGAUGUGUGGAGCAUGACAGGCAUUUGACAUCUUUACGAAUAGCUCACUGUAUUUCAUAAUGGUUUGUUUGAUCACGGCAAUGUUCUUUGGUCUAUCUUUAUUCAUUCUGAUCUUUUUGCCGCAUCCCCAUUUCAGUCAAGAUACCUCCAUUUUCCAGGGCACGUUGACUAAGUUACUUAUGUUUGAGAAUUUCAAUGCGUGGCGCCCCGCACCGGCGCUAUCCUAAAGUAGUUCGCGCCACCGCACAGCAAUUCGCAUCCGCAGUGCUGAUUGUGAUAUAG